GGUAACGACACACUCAGAGAGAGAGAGCGAGAGAGAGAGAGAGAGAGAGAGAGGGGGAGGGUACCGGCCAGCUAGAUAUCUACAGAUAACACCUGUUUAUUUGCUUUAGGUUCGCGGCUGUACAACGUGUCACCGGUCUGAUUUGAAGAGACAGUGAAACCGAGCCGCCUAUUUUGCGUUAUUCCCGACUUGGCUAACCAGCUGGCUAACGCUAGCUAGCUGUUUCCUGGUUGGAGUUGCAGCCAUUUUGGAUUUUUUUUUACCGAGAAACUAGCCGGUCGUGUUUUUUUUUUGGGAGCAGUGUAAGCUAGCCAGCGCUCCCGUUUACAUAUCCGAAACACCGCUGUUUGUCUGCAGACAGGGGAGAGGAGACGUUUGACCAGAGGGGGGAUACACCAAACCACGAGUCCACAAUGAAUCCCGAAUAUGACUAUUUAUUCAAGCUGCUCCUGAUUGGUGACUCUGGUGUUGGAAAGUCUUGCCUUCUACUCCGGUUUGCAGACGACACAUACACAGAAAGUUACAUUAGCACUAUCGGUGUGGACUUCAAAAUACGAACCAUAGAACUAGAUGGAAAGACCAUUAAGCUUCAAAUCUGGGACACGGCGGGUCAGGAGAGGUUUCGUACAAUCACAUCCAGCUACUACAGAGGUGCUCAUGGUAUCAUUGUAGUGUACGACGUCACAGACCAGGAGUCCUUCAACAAUGUCAAACAGUGGCUACAGGAGAUCGACCGCUAUGCCAGUGAAAACGUCAACAAGCUUUUGGUUGGGAACAAGUGCGACCUGACGACAAAGAAGGUGGUGGAUUACACAACGGCAAAGGAGUUUGCAGACUCUCUGGGCAUUCCCUUUUUGGAAACCAGCGCCAAGAACGCCACCAACGUGGAGCAGGCCUUCAUGACCAUGGCCGCCGAGAUCAAGAAGAGGAUGGGCCCCGGGGCCACGGCCGGAGGAGGGGAGAAGCCCAACGUGAAGCUGACCCCCGGCACCAGUGUCAAGCCCUCGUCAGGAGGAUGCUGCUGAGAGAUGAAACCACUUCCACUUUUCAUCCCAUCCCCCCACAGCCCCCCCUCCCGCCUCCCGCCUCCCAUCCCCCGUGCCCUCUCACUCUGCAGGCCCGUCGAGCCUGGCCUGCCUUCCCCCUCAAACUCCACCGGCCACAAAGUUAGACAGGACAGGGGGACGACGUGCGAGCCCACACGUCUCCGCGAGAACAAGAUGAAGUUGCCCGCAUUUGUACUGUACAUAGUAUAGCCGCACUACCAAAAACAAAUAAAGCAUCCUUCUUGUCAUACUGUCCCGUUUAUCUACGGCUAAUUCUACAGAUAGGCCAUCAUUCGACCCUGACCCCCCCCGACUUCCACCCCCCACCCCACCCCACCAUCCUUAUCUCAGACCUCUCAGAGACUACUCUUUUAUCUGGCCCUCUGAAUGCAGGUUCGUGAGAACAGUGCGUGUGUGUGUGUGAGAAUGUGUGUGUUUCACUGCAUUCCUACAGGUAAAUGAAUCAGUUUCAUAAGGUUUCUGUCCGUAUGGACCUUUUUUUUUCUGUUAUUUCUCUUUUCCUUUCUGUGAUUUCACGUUGCGGUUUGUGUCAGCAUGCGUCUGUCAGUCAGUCUGUCCCCAUUUGAAGUUUUUUUUUUUUUUUAAUUAUUAUUUCUCACCAACCUCCGCACAGCAGUGUCUCACUGUCUAGCAUCGAAAGUGCAACAGACUUUGUGUGUGUGUGUGUGUGUGUGUGUGUGUUUGUGUGUGUGUGUGUGUGUGUGUGUGUGUGUGUGUGUGUGUGUGUAUAUAAAUAUAUAUAUGUACACACGAUUUGCCAGUUCUGUGGUGUUCAAUGCGUCAUUGGGCUCGUCUUAACUCUUUAUCUCUGCAUUACAUUUGUGGCUGAAGACAACUGUACGUUUGUUGCUCAACAUGUAACACUUGAACAGAAAAAUAAAUAUUGUACUACCAGACUGUAUGAAAUGGGAGGGGCCUGUCUGCGAUUCUUGGGUGAGAUGUGUCUAGAGGGAAAAAAAACAAAACCCUUUUUUGAAUUAUUUAUUCUUCAUUCAUUUGGCGUAUCGACUGCCAAGUUAUAGGGUCUGUUUGCAAAUUGCUGAGUCAUCUCCAAUAAGAAUUGCAUAUAUAAAAUACAAUGUUCUCUUGUUUUCAUAAUAAAGGCAACUGAACUCAGUUCGAAAGGAAA